UCGCUGCGGAGGACGGGCCCUCAGCGCGCGACAAGCGGCAGGAGCCCGCGGAAGAAGAAGAAGAGGAAAGACUAGAGUACUGCGAUUUCGGCAGCACGGACGACAAGCACUUGUGCGGGUGGACCAUCCGCAACGGGACGUCGUUGCUGUGGCAACAGGGCAGCGGGCCCAUGGCCAACUGGCUGGGCGGCCCUCCCAAGGACGCUUCCGGCGGCGACGACAAAGGCGGCUACAUGUUCUUCGAGACGUCGCUGGUGACGCUGGCGCAGACGCCCGACGCGCGCGUGGGCACCAGCGCCUUCCUGGACAGCUGGGUGCGCGGGUCGACGGGGCCCGAGGGCCAGUGCGUCACCUUCUCCUACUGGGUGGACGGGCUGAGCGCGGCCGGGCUGCGGAUGCUGCUGAUGCCCGCGGGCGGCGACCCGGAGGCCGGCGGCGAGCGCGUGCUGUGGAGCACCAAGGACCCCACCGACAAGCAGUGGCGCGAGGCGGAGGUGCUCUUCACCUUCAACAGUGACCAUCGUAUCGUGUUUGAGGGUCUGGCAAAAGACGUGAACGACGCCUACCGCAAGUUCCGAGGCUUCAACGCCCUCGACAACAUAGGACUGAAAGAAGGCAGCCAGUGCAAAGGCCACUGCACCUUCGAGGGCGGCUUCUGCGGCUGGACCAACGACGAGGAAGACGACUUCGACUGGGCGCUGGGCCGCGGCAGCCGCAACCCGUCGACGGGCCCGGCCACGGACCGCACCAGCUUCAAGCACGGGGGCGCCGAGGGAGGCUACGCGUACAUCGACAGCGGCUUCCCGCGCCGGCCCGGCGACACGGCGCGCCUCAACAGCCCGGAGAUGGAACCCACAGGUCCCGAUUCCCCGCUGUGCCUGCGCUUCUGGACGCACAUGUACGGCAACGGCGUGGGCAUGCUGGGCGUGCUUCUACAGGAGAGCGGCGGCGAGCCGCGCUACCUCUGGCGGCUGGCCGGGGAGGCGGGCAACGCGUGGUACCAGGCGGAGGUGCCCGUGUCCGCGCCCAACUCCUUCCGGAUUAUCAUUGAGGGAACAGUCGGCAAAAACAAUCUGGGUGACAUCGCUCUGGAUGAUCUCUCCCUCAGACAAGGCAGUUGUCCAACCCAGCCGCAGAUCGCGGCCGCCAUGCCCGGCGACUGCACGUUCGAGGUGGACGAGUGCGCGUGGAGCAACGCGGCGCAGCGGGAGCGCGUGGACGACAUCGACUGGGAGCGCGUGUCCGGCCAGGCGACGCGCACGUCCACGCACGACCACACGCUGGGCUCCGAGAAGGGCUUCCUCAUGACGCUGGCGCGCAACAACGUGCAGCGGCCGGGAAGCCGCGCGUGGUUCACCUCGCCCGAGCUGGCCGGCGGCGAGACUCCGCGCUGCCUGUCCUUCUGGUUUGUCUUGAACGAGCCAUUCAUCGACAACACGGGCCCCAGUCUAGGAGCGUUGGCCGUGUACACACGCGCGACCGACAAGAACGGCCACCCCAUGGCGACGCCCGUGUGGCGGCUUUACAACCAUCAGGGGCCCGAGUGGAGGUACGCGCAGGUGCCUCUCACAGACCCGGGCCCACACACGGUGAUCAUGGAAGGCACUUGGGGCUCCAGCCGCGCAAACGGCUUCGUGGGCUUCGACGACAUCACGCUGUUCGACGGAGCUUGCAAAACUAUGCCCGAUUCCGCUCAUGUAAGGCCAGGCGAGUGUCGGUUCGAGAGAGACACUUGCGACUGGUUCAACGACACAACGGACAAAUCCCACGCGGCGUGGCGCCUGGCCACUGUUUCACGUCGCCCAGCCAAUCUGCCGGACAAGACGUUCGGUGCUCCAGAGGGAUACAUUUACUUCGACUUAUUUAAUCAAGCUCUGGGAAGUAACACUGCACGGCUUGUAUCUCCAACAAUUCCUGGAUCCACCAAUGACGAUGAUCGUCAGCUUUGCUUCACGUUCUGGUUCGCGGCAUUUGGAGCUGGAGAUUCGGCCGAAUUGCGGGUCCUACGACAAGACAACAGUUCAAGUGGAGCGGGUGAAGAAGUGCCGGAAAAGUUGUGGGUGCUUGAGGCUCAAACGGUGGACACUGCACGAGCGUCGUGGUCGCCGGCACAGGUCACUGUCGAGGCAGCAACGGACUUCCGGGUCAUUCUUGAAGGCCAAGCGGUGAAUGGUGGAUUUGCGGUCGACGACCUAACUUUCUCUUCAGGAAACUGUCAGACACGGCCAAGCAUAGCCAAGCCAGUUCCACCUGAAGAGUAGGUGUCAGUGUAUGAGAUUGGCCAAAGGUACCAGAUAAAACUGAGCAUCUGAUGAUCUCCUACCCGUUCAUCUACAUAUACACAUCAAAAUGCAAUUGGUAUAACACUCAUCAUCAUUUUUCUUAUUUUAUAAAAUGUGUCAAUUGGGUGACAAAAGUAUUUAUAUCAUGCUCUGGAAUUAUCUUGAAUUUUUAAUACUGCCAAUACUACUGCAAAAAUGCUCUUUCCAUAAUCACUACAUGCACAUAACCACUGACUUCACCACGUCCAGCACAAUUUUGUCCCAAAAAGUCACAAGAGUAUUUCCAUGAAUGAGAAACUUCCAUUAAAUUUAUCAGAACACUCCUCUCUGAUCCCUUUCUGCAUGGUGAGUUGUAUGCCAAUGAAAUAAUUUGUAACACAAUUUACAAAUGUAAAGGGAAUCUCAUAAUUUUGUAUUAAAUCAACAAACUAAAGUUGGGUAUCAGUGGUAGGCAGCCAUACAAAAAGUUUUACAUUCAUUCCCUAACCUACUGAGUUUCAAAACUAAAUAUACGACACUAAAAGAUACAAAAUAUACUGGAACAUAAUUAAAAAACAAGGAUCUUACACCACUGGUAAAUAAAAUUUCAUGAUAUUGAUAACUCAGUGAAAUAUUAAAACAGCAGGUUAAUUAACAAAAAUGGAAGGCAAUGUUCUCCUGAAAUUCUUGAUUAAGUUUGCUAGAAUUACGUUAUUAAUUUGAUAACAAUAUUUCUACAUAUUAGUAUUGCCAAUUAAGUGAAUGACACCACAUGACAUUCAAAACAUUCCAAACUAAUUGUUCUAUUUAUCUCAAAAGUAGUACUAACGUAACAGUGAAAUAAUUUUGAAGGUAUCAAAAUUAUCCCAGAUAAAAAGGUUAAAAUCAAUAACCAAUCAAAUGAGUCAAUAUUCUACUAACAAAAACAAAUGAGAAAGGUUAAAAAGAAAAUUGGUUUGUACUGGUAGACAAUGCAAUGAACUCUGAAACAGCUUGAAGACAACAUUCGACACGAUGAAAAUCAAACGUAAAGAAACAACCUCCCAAAGGCUACUUCAGUAGUACUGAUCAAUUUCAACCAUCACAAUGUUCCAUUAGUAUUCAAAAUCAUUUUUAACACUACAUGCAACAGAGAAUGCCUGUAUGCCCAAGAGCACAAAAAGGAGAGCUGUAAUGAAUGUACAUUCCAGACACUUCCAUUCUGCACAUUUUGUAUCAAAGUAUGCAGAAAAUCAUGGAAAGAAAGUCAUGGUGAAACUCCUUUUAACAACUAACCCUCCCAAUUACCAUAAUUUUUUGCAAUAAAUUUUAAUGUUGUUAGAUUAUUGUGUUCUGAACCAACCUUAUGCAUGCACCCUGCUAACCCUAACCAACAACUGCAGUUACAGUUUUUUCAUACAAAAAAAAAUAAAUAAAAAGCUGAUCACAAGACAUUGUCAUUUUUCAGCAGCCUCCACGGCCUAUCAGUUCCAUUUCUGAAAAACUGUCCAGAUAUUUCCAGCAAUAUUGUUGUGGAUUUCCAUAAGAUUCACACAUGUUAUAAGAUCUUUUCAACUACCACAGUUAGGGAAGUAAAAUUGCAACCUAAUGGUCAUGCUAUAAUAGGGAAAUGAUUAUUAACUUACGUUCUAAAAGACUUAUUCUGAAAACAUUAGUGGCCACUUAAUAAAGGCCACACUGUAUAUGUAAUUACUUUUCAACUUGACUGUUAAAAACACUAUUUCAUUAUUUUUUAUAUGAACAUGUAAUAAAUUUUAAACUUUUAAUUAUCAAUAGAAAUUAUUCAAUCCUGAAAUUUGCGAGAUCGCAAAUGAAAAGUAAUCAAUUUAUUGUUGCUCAGAAUAGUCUGAGAAUUAAGAGAUAAUGAAACCAUAAAAAAAGUUGUGUUAGUUUUAAUAAACUAUUGAAACCAUAAAAAAAGAUGUGUUAGUUUUAAUAAACUUUUGAAAUCAUACAAAAACCCAAACUAGUUUUGAG